AUGGCAAUCAAGUCCAUACUGAUCAUAAACAAGUCUGGAGGACUUGUUUACCGUCGCAAUCUCUCAAAUGAUGAAAGCUUGAACAGCAACGACUACCUGAUCGUCGCGAGCACCCUACAUGGAGCCUUUGCGAUAGCAAGCCAAUUAACGCCCAAGGCAUUACAGUUGAGCGAGUCCCCAUUGACAAGCAAGAUCGACUACACAAUCCCUUACAUACCCUACGUCGGAUUACCGAGGACCGGAGCCAACACAACUGAAAAAAGCAGAUUCUCCAGCAGCAGUAGCAACAACCUUGGCACUACUAACUCUUUAGGAAGCUUCAAAGGCAGCGAUUACUUCAAGGAGCCAUUCCAAAGCUGGAACAAAAGCGGGAUAAGACAAAUCUGCACAGAUCAGUUCACGAUGUUUAUAUACCAAACCAUGACAGGCUUGAAAUUCGUCGCCAUCAGUACACAGACUCCGAGCAGCGUUACAAACAGCGAGUACUCCACUAUAAGCGUACAAAUCGCAGACAACCUACUACGAAAGAUAUAUUGUCUCUACAGCGACUACGUGAUGAAGGACCCUUUUUACUCGAUGGAGAUGCCGAUAAAAUCCGAAUGCUUUGAUUGCAGGCUGAAACAAAUGGUCUCCAACCUGCCUUAA